UAAUUACACACGCUGUCGGUUAGGUUGGGUGGAGGCACCGGUAGCUCAGCAUACCAACCGUAGUUUUCGAGAGGCGCGUCAUAUACCGGUACUGUAGUAGCUUUGAGUCGGUUUAUAUAUAGUUCCAGUUUAGUUAUAUACAUACACGUCCUACGUUUUUGAUUUCGACGAGUUCAUAGUCUUUCUGUGUGAUUAAGAGAAACAGCAGAAGAGUUUUUGCAUAUCCAUAGCUGUGUAGCAUAUCUAAUACAGAAUAAACGUACAGUCACCGCCAACAAAGUGUAGUCCAUCAAGAGUGCUUUAUAGCGACAGCCACAUUUACUAAUAAGAUGAUGCUACCACUGGUGAUAGCGUUGGCGGUGAUGCUGCCCCACCUGAGUACGCAACAGUGCUUCAGCCCAGAUGACACCAAGGUGCAAAACAGUCCAAACACUCGACAGGAAUUGUUCACAGGGGAGCAGGCCUUUAGCAUGGCCAUGCUUCGGGAAGCUGUCGCAGUCAACCCAACUGGCAACGUGUUCUUUUCGCCUUACAGUGUUUAUAACGCACUUUUGCUGGCAUACUUCGGCGCUGCAAAUCACACUGAGCAGGCGCUGAAGGCAACUCUAAGGAUUCCAGAAACUCAGAACAAGAUGAGCACCAUGCAAGCCUACCGGUUCGAGAAAUACUCCCAAAGUAUCCGAGAAAUCAACGGAUCUGAGAGCUAUGAACUGCGGUCAGCAAACAAGCUCUUUCUAGCCAAACGGCUGAAGCUGAGGGACUGCAUAGCCCAUUUAUUUGAGGAUGAUAUUCAGCCCCUGGACUUCGUUGCUGAUCCUGAGGCUGCAAGACAAAACAUCAACAACUGGGUGGAGAUACAGACCAAGCGGCAAAUUCGAGAUCUCAUUCCUCAAGACAAAAUCACACCUGACACGGAACUAGUGCUGGCAAAUGCAGCAUACUUCAAAGGACUUUGGCAAUCCCAGUUCCUGCCAGAACACACACACAAAGAAGUGUUCUAUGUAUCACACUCCAAACUGGCUCUUGUUGACAUGAUGAAGCAGAAAGGGACAUUCAAUCACAUUGUAUCAGAGCGUCUGGGUGCCCAUGUACUGGAGCUGCCAUACAAAGGGAAUACAGUCAGCAUGUUUAUCAUUCUGCCUCCUAAUGCUAAGUCAAAUGGAAUUGAAUCUGUCAUCAAGCAGCUCUCUGUAGAGAGUCUUCAGGAAAUUGUGGAGGAUGAUCUGCCCAGAGCAGUUGAAGUUUCCAUCCCAAAGUUCACUGUUGAAGAGACCAUUGAACUUACACCGAUUUUGGAGCGAUUGGGAGUUGGCGACUUGUUUCAGUCCACAUCUGACCUAACUGGCUUCACGGGAGAAGAUGGUCUGCAUCUAGAUGAGGCGGUGCACAAAGCAAAGAUCGCCGUUGAUGAGCAAGGCACAGUCGCUGCAGCUGCCACUGCCAUAUUCUCAUUUCGUUCAUCAAGACCGCUUACACCUGCACGCUUUAUUGCUAAUCACCCUUUCGUGUACUUCCUGUUUGACAAGACAUCUCAGACCAUCCAGUUCAUGGGUGUAUAUAGAUCCCCAAACAAUUAAACAGGAGAAGUUUUAAAGUAUAGAGAGCUUGCAUACCAGUAAACCAAUUCCUUCUGGAAUAUGAUGUAGAACUAUGGAUUUUUAUCACUGAAGAAGUAAUAAAGUUGUUAAAAUUUCAAGUUUGAGGCUUGAAUGAAACUGUGAAAUAGUGAGUGUCAUUAGGUAGAAGAUGCUACUAAUAUAAAAAAUUACAAAGAGGUCAGUGAUUAUAUUGUGAGUGCGCAAAGGAGACAUGUUGUUGGACACUGGAAUUUUAUCAUAUCAGGUAACUUUCUAUAUAAGAGCAUCUGAAUUCUGUUUUAUAAUGAAAAGAAGCCAGCAUUUUGUAUGUUGGAAUGAGAACAUGAUUUGACAUAGUCCUCUUGGUUUUUUGUGGAGUUAUGGUUUUUCCUAAACAGGUUCAAGAUUCAAGGCGAGCUUACAAAUUUCUACAUCUCUACAUACUUAAGAAUAUGAAGGAAAUGCAAUUUAAUGAUAAAUACUUUAAGUUUAUGAAAGAGGAAAUGAAAUAUUUAAUGAACAAGUAUUACAAUUAAGUCAAUUAAAUCUUCAUAUCAUUCCCUAGGCACUAUUCUUUCCCUGUACUGUUGCCGCAGAUGAUAUUUGUCCUUGUAAACAUUUAAAGCUGUUUUGGGUUUCAUGUCGAAUAUCUUCAUAGACAAAUUCUGUGCAAAUAAUUUACUUUUUUCUCAUGAACUUUUUUUUAUUUGGUUUAAUCUUUGAACAGAACUAACCUAACUAACUUUGCUGACAAGCGGUGGUUGCUCGGUCGAUAUAGUUUGAUUGCAGACUAAAGCCAUGGAGUUUCUUUUCAUCUUUGAACAAAUUUACAGCUAUUCCGUCAUAAAUAGAUUUCUUGAUUUGAAUUCAUUUCCCAGUAAUAACAAAUAAACUUCUUGUUUCUGUUUAUUUUCUAUCCCUACAUGAUGAGCCAUUGUGUUGUUCUCAAAAUUAUAUUCAUAAAAAUAUUGUGACUGCAGUUAUAACAUUUAUGAUUUACCACAUACUGCACCAUAUAACUUUAUAUUGUGAAAGUGUAGUGAUUUGUUUGUCUGUUUUUACUGUUUCUUAUUAAUGUAAAUGAAAGAGUAGCAGUGCUAAGGCCUGGUAAUAUAUAUUAUCUCUCUUUUGAAGCCCUUCUGAAUAUUAAUGCAAGAAAAGAUGACAAUGGAAAGUUAAAAAAAUCAAUAGUUAUCUAAAAUGUUCCUAAGCACAUGUGGAAGGGUCAAAUUUGUAUGUUUCCAUGAUUUCCUUCAUGCAAAUUUGACCAGAAAUAUGUAGUUGCUUAUAAAUAAUAAUAUUUGAAGAAAGUGUUCCAUAAUAUUGAUACCUAUAAAUAUAUCUUCUUAUCAGGUGCUACAGCCCUUUGUGACCUUUGGCCUCCUAGAUCACAGCCUUCCAAUAUAUCUCUGAGGCUGUCAUCUAAGGUUUCAUAACAAUUUAUGUUUUUAACAGGGAUGAUGUAAGCCUCAUGCCCCAACCCCCAACCUGGAGGACCAGGGUAUUUCUCUUGGUUUUGCCUGUCACCUUUGACCUGUCCAACAUGGAAGGCCCUGCUGGUAACAUAUGUUACCACUGGCAUGGCUCUCACGUUCAUUUAGGCAUGCAAGCCCCACCACUGCAACAAAAUAGAGAUACCAGGGGGGAUAUAAAUAUAUCAUGUUUAUUAAAAUUUAUGUAAUUGCAGACUAGUUAAAAAUUCUAUGCAUAUUGAAACUUUAUGCUAUGAUCUUGCCUGAAGUGAACCUAGAGCAGCAUAAAUUUGAUAAGUAUGUUUACAUAAUCAGUUAAAGUGUUCUGAAUCACCAAACCGAGCAGCUGAAUGAAUACAUGCAUGUAGCGGCGUGCGUGUGUGUGUGUGUGUGUGUGUGUGCGCGCGCGCGUGUGUGAGAGAGAGAGCGUGUGGAUGCACAUGAGCAUGUACAUGUAUGUGCAUGUGGCAUAUUACUACGAAUUUGAUAUAAAUAUAUGUGUUACAGUACAGUAGAAUUGACACUGGAUGAAUAGAAUGCAUUAACUUUAUCAUUACGGAUAAAGUAGUCUAUUGCGCAUUAAUAAAUUACUAUGUCAGCUGUUUUUAAUAAAAUUUGUAAGUGGAUAUGAUAACAUACAGCUCAGUAGUUUGCAGAAGGGAUGGCUAAUGCAAUAUAGUAUAUCUGUACAACUGUCAUUCUAUUCAUAAACUUGUAAGUGUUACCAAAAAAUGAAAGGAAAUUAUUUCACUACUACAUAAAAAUAACUUAUUUAAAUACCUAUAAUUAGGAUUGUAGUUGCUAUCUUGUA